ACACACCCCUUCAGUACUCCCGCAGCCAGGCCUAUAUCCUCCUUGUCCAUCUCCUCCCCCAAUCGGCUGGCUCCCCCUUCUCCUCUCCCAAUCACCCUUCUUUCUCCAUCCCCACCCCCCUUCUCUCCUACCCGAGGUUCUUUUUCUCCAUGUCCAAUCCGAGCGGGAAGGGUUGGAUAUGCUUGGAGUGCCAUCACGAGAAUCACCCGGUUGUCUGUAAGCUCGCAGUCAUACCUCGUCUCACUUGCGGCGGCCCGGGAUGCAAGACUAGGAGUACUACGAGCUACGAGUGCAGGCUGACCCAAACCGUCAUCGUUGGACGUCAGAGCAGGCAGAAAAUUCAGCUGGACGUGCCGAUUUACCGCCAGAAUGCGGAAAACUGCGGUUGCUAUGCCACUCUUACAGUGGUUCAGCUUAUGUGGCGUCUUCAUUUUGCUUGGAGUUUCGGUGCAUAUCACAGUGUGGAGCCAGAUGAAGUUAAAUUUGCAGCACUCUAUCGUUUGCACAACUUGGUAACCUAUCCUAGGGACCGCCACGGAAAUCCUAUGGAGGAAAUCUACAUUGAAAAGGCCCUAGAUCUCGUGCUAAAGUUUGGGAUCCCCAUAAAAUCGAGCAAACUCUGCUCUGGUGCUCUAAUUCCAGAGCGUACCAUCAAAAUCAAGUCUUGCCUCUCAGUUAUCCACUUGCCCAUAGAGGAGCUGACUAAGCUGAUCGGUAAUGGAUUCCCCCUCAUAGGAACUGUGCCAAUGGGUCGUCUUCAGAGCUUGAUCUCGUGCCAGGAGGUGUAUUAUGCACCAACUUUGAUACCGAACAAAUUCAAUGAGGGCUUCCAUAUGGUAGCGCUGAUUGGGUCGGGAUUGGGGCCCAAGCACAUUGCAGGGACUGAGCCGGUACAUGAAACCUACUUCGUGGCCAGGGAUUCUGGGGGGAUUGAUGCCCACGCCUCCACCAGCAAGGGGAAAUCAAACCGGGAGAAAGGCGUUGGAGGUGACUUCCUCGUGUGGGGAUCAGACCUGUGUGAAGCCUGGAUGGUAGAGAUAGUUGAUGAUUAUCUCCCAACUAAAAAGUGAGGGGAUGGGACCUCUGUGAAGUGUGGAAGGCAGCUUAUCUCACAGAAGAAGGAUCAGAUCCACUCAUGAAAUGGUCUACGAGUUCUAAUUAUUAUUCAGCCUAUGCACUCUCUAUUUUUCUAGACUUAGAUAUAAGCUGUAUUAGUUUGAUCAGACUGGGCCAAUUUGACUGCCAACUAGUUCUAGUUACUACUCAGCCUGUAAUCUACUGUUUUAAUCUAUGUACUAUCUCUGUUUCUAGUCUAGUUAUAAGUUGGAGUACUAUUAGUUUGAUGAUCA